AUGAGACGAAGAGUCAACAAACCCUUCUCCAUACCCCGCCAGACCGGGGCAGAAGGGCCGCUUGAGUUUCCAAAAUCUCCCCAACCACACUCCAACGGCGUGAUUGACGAGAAACUCAUCCAGGGAUCACAAGUAUUGUCAUCGUCGUCCUCCCUUUUUCAUAAAUCUUAUAGGCAGGAAAAUGGAACCUUGUCAUAUCAGCCCGGUUCCACUAUUCAAUUACCUGCUCUGUCAACGCUCAUACAGCAGGAUGAGGUGUUUGAGGACGAGGAUGUACAACUUGAUGCUUUUGACCUUGAACUGCUUGCCCAGUCGGAUGGGAAAGCGAAUAAUCAUCAGCAACCGUUGAUUUCUUCGUAUCACCGACAAGUGGAACAGCCGAAACAGGUUUCUCGUUUCUUCAAUGGCCCGCAUGUCACGCCCCAUCGAAGUAUACCCUCGAGUUCGUCUGAUAUCGAUACAAGGGAAGUUUCGAGCCCAUUAGCGCGGAUUCAGAGUGGAAGGACGACUGGAGGAUUUCGAGAAACCGAUCGGGAUCUUGGUGGGACGUUGGGACUAAACAGGGCUCCUCAAGUACAUUCCAUUGGAGUGGAGAAGCGAUAUGUCGAGCCUAGUACUGAUUUUCCAACCUCACACCAUGACCCGAGCAACCCGUUUCAAGAUAUACCUGUCUCUGUUCGAGGUAUUGUACUCUUGUCGGUCCGUGAACUACCGGACAAUUAUCGCUCGCUGUUCCAUUUCCCUGUUUUCAACGCCGUGCAGUCCAAGUGCUUCCAGGCUAUCUACAGAAGCGAUGACAACGUAGUGCUAGCUGCCCCAACUGGGAGCGGUAAGACGGUCAUUAUGGAGCUGGCGAUUUGCCGCCUGCUGAAUACCCUGAAAGACGAGCAAUUCAAAGUCGUUUACCAGGCCCCGACAAAGUCUCUUUGUUCUGAGAGGUUUCGUGACUGGAGUCGAAAAUUCCAACUACUUGGGCUCCAGUGUGCCGAGCUCACGGGCGAUACGGAUCAUUCCCAGCUAAGAAAUGUCCAGAAUAGCCAGAUUAUCAUAACCACUCCAGAGAAGUGGGACAGCAUGACACGGAAGUGGAAGGAUCAUGUCCGGCUUAUGCAGCUCGUCAAGCUCUUCCUCAUUGACGAAGUUCAUACACUCAAAGAAGCUCGCGGCGCUACUUUGGAAGCGGUUGUAUCCCGAAUGAAAACCAUUGGGUCCAAUGUACGCUUUGUUGCAUUAAGCGCCACUAUCCCGAACUCUGAAGACAUUGCGACCUGGUUAGGUAAGAAUGCCACUAGCCAGCACGUUCCGGCACAUAGAGAGCACUUCGGCGAGGAGUUUCGUCCGGUGAAGCUGCAGAAAUUUGUUUAUGGAUAUCAGUCUCAUGGUAAUGACUUUGCGUUCGACAAACUGCUUAACUCCAAACUUGCUGAUGUCAUUGGCACACAUUCGGCGAAGAAGCCCAUCAUGAUAUUUUGUUGUACCAGGAAUUCUGCAGUCACUACGGCAAAGGAACUUGCACGGUUGUGGUCUACGUCUAACCACCCAGCGCGGCUAUGGAAGGGACCAAGUAAGCCGAUGCAGGUUUGCAACACUGAUCUAAAGACGACAACAGCUGCUGGUGUUGCAUUUCACCAUGCCGGCCUUGAACCUGCAGACCGACACCAAGUCGAGAACGGAUACAUCGAAGGCAAAAUAAGCCUUGUAUGUUGUACUUCAACUCUCGCUGUCGGCGUCAAUCUCCCCUGCCAUCUAGUCAUUAUCAAAAACACUGUAGGAUGGCAAGACGGUUGCUGCCAGGAGUACUCGGACCUUGAAGUAAUGCAGAUGCUCGGUCGUGCCGGCCGACCACAAUUUGACGACACCGCAACUGCGGUAAUUCUGACCAGAAAGGAACGAGUCCAUCACUAUGAAAAGCUAGUAUCUGGAUCUGAGAGUCUCGAGAGCUGCCUGCACCUAAACUUGAUUGACCACCUGAAUGCCGAGAUAGGGCUCGGCAAUGUAACCAGUCUAGAUUCAGCUACUACCUGGCUAGCGGGUACCUUCUUGUUUGUCAGACUAAGGAGGAACCCGAUGGACUAUAAACUCAAGGAGAGCGCCAACCGGGACGACGAAGACGAGAUGCUUCGCCAGAUUUGCGAAAAGGAUAUCAAGUUACUCCAGGAAUGUGACCUAGUCGCGUCCAACACCCUCAAGUCCACGCCAUUUGGAGAUGCCAUGGCAAGGUAUUAUGUACGAUUCGAGACGAUGAAAACGCUCCUUGCGUUGAAGUCGCAGUCAGGUGUGGCGGAGAUUCUUGCAGCUAUAUCCCAGGCCGAAGAAUUCCGCGACGUACGACUCAAGGCAGGAGAGAAGUCGGUGUAUAAGGAGAUAAACCGCUCAAGUGACCUCGCCUACCCUAUUAAUGUCGACAUCGCGCUCCCAGCUCACAAGAUAUCCCUCCUUAUCCAGUCCGAACUGGGUGCUAUUGAGUUUCCGACUAACGAGCAGUUCCAGAAACACAAGUUCACUUUUCAGCAGGACAAAAACUUUGUAUUCUCCCAUGUUAAUCGUCUGAUUCGAUGUGUGAUUGACUGCCAGGUUCACCUGGGAGAUUCGGUAACUAUCCGAAAUGCGUUGGAACUCGCCAGGAGUUUAACAGCAAAGGUUUGGGAUGGUUCACCCCUUCAGAUGAAGCAAAUUGAGCAGAUUGGUGUUGUUGCGGUGAGGAAGUUAGUGGCAGCUGGAAUUGAUAGUAUAGAAGCCCUGGAAGACACCGAGCCGCACUGCAUCGACAUGGCGCUGAGCAAGAAUCCGCCGUUUGGAGUGAAAGUGCGGGGUCGUCUUGCGGAAUUCCCAAAGCUACGAGUAUCGGUGAAGAUUAUGGGCAAGGACGUCAAGCCAGGCCGUUUUGUCUCAGUGCGCUUUAAAGUGGAGAUCGCAUUCAUGAACGAGAAGUGUCCGAGUUUCUUCCAGAGGCGGCCGGUUUAUGUUUGUUUCAUUGCAGAGACUUCUGACGGCCGACUAAUUGACUUUCGACGUUUAAGUGCAGCCAAGCUCCAGAAGAACCAUGAGAUAUCUUUAAGCGGAGAACUGAAGCAACAUGGCCAAUACAUAAUUUGUCAUGUUAUGUGUGAUGAAAUUGCGGGAACCUCACGUUGUGCGACGUUGAGACCGGAUCUCCCAAAGUCGUGCUUUCCCAAACAGCCCGAGCAUGAGGAAAUUCCGAUUACAGAGCCUUGCAACAAUGAAUCAUCCAAUAAGCUUAAACGGUUCGAUACUGAUGACUUGUUAUUCGGAGAGUGGUUAGGCUCAGAGAUAUUAGAUGACUGGAAUGAUGGGGAAGCAGGGCCCCAACCAUCAGUACCCUCUAAAGGCACAAUGUACCAGAAAAUAACAUCACAGAGCGAAGACACCAAGUCAAGUGCAGCGGCAAAGGCAAAUGCCAGCGUCGAUCGGGAACUCGGAAAGCUGGAUAACGGCAAAUGGGCAUGCAAUCAUAAGUGUAAAGACAAAACAUCGUGCAAGCAUUACUGUUGUCGCGAGGGCUUGAGCAAUCCCCCAAAGGCCACUAGAAAGAAGUCUGACGGGGCUUAUCAAGACACAGCAGGAUCGAACCAGCUGACAUUGUCAGCAAGUAUAUCAAAGAGUGAUCCGAAAUCUGUUAAGCAACAGAAAAAAGUGAAGAACAGCCAGCAGUCAUCCCAGCUGAAGACUCCUAGCACGGAUAACCCUAUCUCCCUUAUCGCGGAUUCCUCGAGCGACUAUGGUGACGAGAGCUUCGACGACUUGCCCUCACCGUCUGAAUUCUUCGGAAAUGCCAUCAGCUCGUUGGAUCGUGAUUCUCAAAAAGCGCCGGGUAUCUCCAAGACCCCUCAUGAGCUCGGAGACGACUGGAUCGAUGCUGAUGAGGUCUCGUUCCGGGGGCGUCCGACCUUGGAGUCACCUUCGGCAAAUUAUGGCUUUGCUAAGACUUGUCUAGUAGAUCUUGUAAGCCCUGAGCCGCAGAAAUUGUGUUCCAUGCCUCCGCAAUCCGACGGCUUGGGGGGACAGAAGCGAAAGCUGGCUGACAGGAGCAACACCACCAAUGACGACAACAAGAGAGCAAAGAACCGUGGGGAGCCAGACGGUAUUGAAACAGAUUUGCCCAGAAAAGGAGAGAAAGAGCUUACAGAAGGGAACGAGGCUGAAAACUCGCAGAUGUGUGACGUACCUGUUGCUUCUUCUAUACCAACGGGCUGGGAAGGAAUUGACCCAGCCCUGCUGGACGAUUUCAAAGACAUAAUUGAUUUCUUUUAA